GAUUGUGUUGUUCUCUUCUCCCUCCGAGGAUCAUAAAACUUAGUGUUGUCCUAAUUGAUAUUGAACAGCUCAGCAAAACUUCAAAGGAUAAUCGCAUUCAUGACACUAUCCAAUCUACCACAGAAACCAAUAUCAACAUUGACAAGUUGACAGCGCGCUCCCGAGUUUCUAAAGCUGCUAUUGCUAGCUAGGUACAGCAACGCUCGCACCACAACAUGGUUGAAUUUUGGAUUAAGAUGGCCUUGAUACUUCAAAGCCUGUACAAAACGGCAAGUGCAAAUUCUGCUUUGAUGUCUAGCGCUGGUGAUGGCUUGGCCUGCCCCACUAUCUCAGUGGUAUUCACCUGCUCUGUUAAUAGAAGUUCACUUUUGUGGGAAGUGGAUCCUCCACCUGACGUGGUUACUGCGCAGUUGACACAAGUGGUGUCUUCUGCUUCUACUGAGCUAGUACCUAUAGGGGUAGAACGUUUCAUGUUUCAAGCAGCUAGAACUAAAUUUAGUAGUAAUAGCCUCACCUCCACCCUUACCACAGUCACUGAGGUGUCCUUGCUGAACGGCACCGUUGUACGUUGUAUUGGAGAAGCAACAGAAUCCCUAACGAUCAUUGUUGCAGAGCCACCCACUUCUCCAUCAGCUCCAAUAGUGGCUUCACAACAAAACCAAAUCAGUUCCUCUAUUAUCACUCUGGAGUGGGACCCUCCCUCCUCUACUGGUGGUGUGUCUGUCAGCUACGUCCUCACCAUCUCCCCAACACCUCUCUCCGGGUCACCAGUCACCGUGGAGACCACCUCAGCACAGAUAACUGUCUCCUACAACACUCCCUACAAUAUGACCAUCAGAGCUGACAACUGUGCUGGCUCUAGUACUGAUGUGAUGGUGACAAUUCCUUUUAUUGUUACCUGCCCUUCUAACCCACCACCUGCGAACAGAGUUACCAUUGUUGGUGCUCCACCACUGCCUGCACUAGUAGGUUCAACACUAAGCUUCACUUGCAAUGGAGAGACGGUAUCAGCAACCUGUGAGAGUAAUGGACGAUGGUCACCUGACCCCGCCACAUACGUCUGUCUCUCAGAUCUCACCUGUGGCUCUCCUGCUGCACCAUCCAAUGGCAGUGUGGAUGUCAGUGGUGGGACACCACCCUUCUCACUGGGUUCAGAAGUCACCUAUCACUGUGACGAUGCAUGGACUGUUCCCCCUUGAUGUGAGGACCAGCACAUGCGCUGAUAUGGGGGGUAGGGGAGAGUGGGUGGAGAAUCC